UGCUACACCAAAAUUUUUCCUCUUUCUCUCCGCAAAGACCCCCCAAAGAAUCAACAGGAGCCAUCCAUGUAUAUCUAUGGCACAGGAACAGCUUGCUUAUGCAACUAAACAUAGAACUAUGGAUACAUCAGACUAUGAUUCAGCAGCUCAUCAGUCAGAAGGAGUUCCUCCCGUGAAGAAAUCAAAAAAACAGGAACAUGAGGAAUCGGAACUUGCUGGUGAUGCUGUGCAACAGCGGCCUGACCAAGCCCAGGUGCUCAUAUUUGCAAAGGAGCUAAUGGAAGCUGGUGAACGUCUAACUCAGUUGAGCCACAAGAUAACAGAAAAUGAAAAGAGCAUCACAGAGAAGCAGAAAAUUGUCACGAGGUUCAAGCAGUACCAAUCAUGCAUAACAGAAUUUCUGGAAGGAGAUGUCAGAAGAUACAAUCUGCCUGGCAUGGCUGACUUUCUGAAAGAUAUUAAAAAUGAACUGAUGUAUCCCUAUAGCAAAACUACAUUUGCCACACAGUGGGGAGGUGGUAGGACACUAAACUCUGAUACACAAACUGAUUCUGAUUCUGUACAAUCUACAGAAACAGAAGCAGAAACUCUCCCUGAAACACAGAACACUGUUGAUUCAGUUGUGAGUUACCACUCAGACACUGAUGAUGGUGAAGGUGGGGAUGUGUACUUAGAGCCUAUCAGGAAUUGGGAAAGGCUCAACAACCGCUACAGAGCCCGGUGA